AGGUUCUCCACACUUGUUAGUUAACUAUUAGCCGCUUAAACGAUGGCUUCUUUCUUUAUUCGACACCUGCGUGCGAUUGACAGCAGUGGCUUACGAAUCACCACGAAGCCGCUUCUUGAGCAGCUUGCGAAGGGUAAUAACGCCCGGAUUACGCCAACGUUCAUCCCGAAGCGUCACCUCAACGUCCACGAAAAUGUUAGUUUCACCCUGAUGGAGCAAAACGGAGUUCCUGUCCCGAAGUUUGGAGUUGCGAAGACCCCAGAAGAGGCAUUUGACAUUGCCAAGAAGCUCCAGGCAGAGUGCUCCUUUCAGGGAACACUUGGUUCGGAUGAUUUUGUUGUAAAAGCACAAGUCCUGACAGGAGGUAGAGGCAAAGGAAAAUUCAAGGGUGGGGCCCAAGGUGGAGUUCAGCUGGUUCUGUCGCCUGAGGACGUCAAAUCGGUAUCCGAGAAAAUGCUUGGUCAUGUUUUGGUGACGAAACAAACGGGGGAGAGAGGAUUGGUCUGUAAUGAAGUUUUGGUUUGCGAGAGGAAGUAUCAGCACAAAGAAUGUUAUUUUGCCAUUAUGUUGGAACGCGCUUUUGGGGGCCCUGUUGCGAUCGCAUCUCCUAUGGGUGGAAUGAACAUUGAAGAAGUUGCUGUCGAACAUCCAGAUAAAAUCUUCAAAGUACCGAUCGACAUCUGUUCUAAAAUGCCUGAUGAUGUUGCUAAGGAUCUAGCUGAAAAAUUGGGGUUUGAGGAAGGCGCAGUUUCUCAAGCGGCGUCAUGUUUCCAGCGCUUGUACGACAUGUUUUUGAAAUACGAUAUGACGUUGAUUGAGAUUAAUCCGGUCGCUGUGGAUAACAAGGGAAAAGUUCUGUGUCUUGAUGCAAAGCUGCGCUUCGAUGACAAUGCGGAGUUCCGCCAGAAAGAGGUAUUUGCGAAACGUGAUUGGACACAGGAAGACCCGAAGGAAGUCGAAGCUGCGCACCACCAGUUGAAUUACAUAGCUUUGGACGGAUCCAUUGGUUGUCUGGUUAAUGGAGCAGGGUUAGCCAUGGCCACCAUGGACAUAAUCAAACUUCAUGGUGGUGAUCCCGCCAACUUCCUAGACGUUGGAGGCGGUGCGACGUCGGCCCAGGUGAAAGAAGCUUUCAAAAUCAUCACGGCGGAUCCGAAAGUCACUGCGAUUUUGGUCAAUAUAUUUGGCGGCAUUAUGAGGUGUGACGUGAUUGCUGAGGGAAUCAUUGCUGCAGCACAGGAACUCAAUUUGAAGUUACCGAUCGUUGUGAGACUUCAAGGGACAUCCGUUAACGAAGCCCGCAAAACGAUGUCGAAGUAUCACGUUCCGGGAAUCGCGAAUAGAGACGUGGGGACAUCCGUUAACGAAGCCCGCAAAACGAUGUCGAAGUACCACGUUCCGGGAAUCGCGAAUAGAGACGUGGGUACGAUGGUCGAGGAUGCCAAGGCACUCAUCGGCAACAGCGGGUUGAAAAUCUUGCCUUGCGACAACCUGGAUGAAGCAGCCGAAUUAGUCGUCAAGCUGUCCCACAUCGUCACGUUGGCGCGUGACGUAAAGGUUGACGUCAAUUUUGAGCUCCCGUUGUGAUGAGUUCGUGCUAUGUUCGCUAGUGACCGUUUUUCGCUUCCCUAUUUUGAAUUCUUAUCGCGGGAGGGGAUUCUAAAGCUAUUUCUGAAAGGGCUUCUUGUAGGAGGGAAGUUUGAUUGAGGUCACUUUCAGUGGUUUGUCUUUCUUAGAACGACAAGCUCGGUGAACCGUUCCGAAAAUUUGCCCCUUGAAUCUACCCUCAAUACGAAGAAGGUGCAUAAGAUAAAAUCAAACGAAAGGCCAUCAACGAAAUCCAUCGUUCUUAACGUUGGAGCACGGUUUUUUUUUUCAGGUGGAUACCGGAUGCCGAUUGCUUGAAAUCCGGGCAAAAUUUUUCAUCAUUUCUUUUCAUUCCCUGUGGUAGGAAAGAGCAGCUUUUCUCUGAAUUCAGCGCCCUCGAGAAACAUAACUAUUGAAAGUGGUCCUCACUUUCUGGGUAUAACCAGGCUUUUCGUGCGUUAGUGUCGCAUUUAAGUUACCAUUUUGAAAGGUUUUUUUAACUCGUGGAAAGAGUGUUAGAGAAUCUAGUCGAAGCCAAUGCUACGAUGCUCUUGAAUAGAAAGGUUUUGCCAACCCACGAAGAAUGCUUAGUCUCCGUCCUGAUUUUUUCUUUUGGUUGUAAACGUUUUCUUCGUGAGAAAAUUAUGAUGAAGUAUUGAAGUAUGAUUUUAAAACUACACUUCGAACAGUCUCUCGUGAGUUGAGCGCGUCCAGGAAGAGCGAAUGCCCUAAAUAGCACCUGUCGAAAACCGGGAGGGUAUGAGCAAAACCGAUCCUUCGUGACAAAAGAAUGAUACAGUUGAUCAGGUCAAGUUAGUUAUUUCUCUAAUACUUCCUGAACAGAAUAUGAUAAGUGUGCUUAUGAAUAAAAUUAAGAAAAUAACACUUCAACGCCUUGAAAAGGAUACUGUUCUCUUGGCGUGCUCGUCUGUUCCCAUUUUUUUUUUUUACACGGUGUUCCUUUGCAUUUUGUGGACACACGCCGUUUUUUGUCGCACUCAAUAGUUUCAUUACUGAUUUUUCUACCGUGAAAUAAAAUUGAAGUGCUUGAGAUCGGUGAUUAUUUGCGAGAAGUGUAUUCCUUGCGAAGAAUUGGAGGAUUUUUCUGGGUAACGUCAAAAAAUUAAGUGGUCCUCUAGAAAUUUAAUUUCUUUCGAGAAGAGUAAGCGAAGCUUAGUGUAUGAUUAGACGUUUUGUUUUUGAAAAUCUCUUACGGUGUUUUCUUUUUUUUUUCGUUACUGGGAACGCUGGUCGUGGUUUUUAUUGUGUUGGGGAAUCUGCGAAGAAAUGAAAGCGAAAGCGGUGUAUCCAGCGAGGGUCUCGCGUGCAAGAAUUUUAAUCAGACCUUAUCCCUGUGUCUCCGCUGAAUAUUUGCGCGGAUCAAUUUUCGGCGAAUAAAACCGCUAUUCCCCGUGAUGCAUUGACUUUCUGUUCUGUGGAUGGGAACCCUGUUGAACCCCCUUGAUGGAUGAGAGUCGGAGAUGUAGGAAUAAAUUAUUUUUGGGCCCAA